GCCCCCUACUGGCCACGCGGCCCUAAGCAGGCGCUUAGUUCCUUAUGCCCUGGACCGGCUCUGGACGUGAGUUGAAUAACUGAUCUUCAAGUACUUAACUAAAAUAAUUAUGAUAGCUGUUGAGCAAUAUACAGUGUAGUAUAGAUAUAGCCCAGGUUUAGACUUGAUCUAAACUUGGUCUAAAUUUGGACGUCUAAAAAACUCUCAAUUUUAGACCAGUUGUCUGGGCUACAUUUAGACCUCUAUUAGACCUCUUUUACACCAAAAAUGCUCUGAGGGUUAGAGUAAAAGAAAUACCCCGGUAACUAUCACGUGACCUUUAUCCUACGAGCACCCACGUACACGCAAACACGCACGUACAUACACAUACGAGCACACACCACUACAGUGACUCAAUGUGAUUUAACAGGCGGAACUGCAUGGGCUGUUUGCGGUUGUGAGCCUAGGGUCCUCCCUCCUGCUCUUCACAUGAUCUCUAAGCUUUCAUAGAGAAGAGACAGGAAUGUGGAGAGGAGCGUCAACAGCGUUGGCUGAGCGGAGUCGCGGUGUUUCUAUAAUGCGUUUACUUUACUCCGUGGCUGUCUGGAUGACAAUUAUCCACUGCUCAUGUGGAAUUCCUUGGACACAAGAAAAGGUAAGUUGAUCAAGAGGAACAAUUUUUACAUUUUGUUUAACACGAGCAUGACCACAAAGUCAUAACUGCAUGUGCAGACAUCCUUUUAAAGAAUUCUGUUGUGUUGUGUUCAGCAGUCUGGAAAAAAGGUUUGAAACUGCUAUUUAUUCUGCAACGCCAUGUUUACUCGAUGAUUUUUCUAAAGCAUCGGUUGUCUAUCUAGAAAAUCUUUUGAUAAAGAAUUUAGAUCCAUUAGAAAUGUUUAUGUUUGGGUCUUUUCUUUAGCCAUCUCAAAUUAGGGAUUACUGGAACUUUCAAUAUUCAAAUGAGAGAAGAGAAACACAAGAUCUUAAAUUCAGUUAGAUUUGCAUAUCAUUAUUAUUAUUAUUAUUGCUAUCAUUGUUCCUAUAAUCCUCUGUAGUGUUCCUAGGCACUGUUGUGUAAUUCUCCUGAGAUGCACCUGGUUAUGCCUGGCCAUUCAUAUUCCCCAUCUAUGUUGUUCUUCCCUUCCCCUCUUUCCCUGGUUGCUAUGGUAGCACAGUCAUGUCAUUGAUCCUCCAAUUGCAGGUCUUGGUAUUUAUAGACCCUAAGUGGACCCCCCUUUAACCCUCUGUGAGUCUUGUGCACCCCAGCUCUUCUGCUGACUACAUUCAGUGUAGGUUGUCAGUUAAUUAUACCCUUUGUACUGUACACUGUGUUUACAAGGCUGAUAUAGCUACCAGUCAGUCAGUCAGUCAGUCAGUGUGGACCAAACUCACAGUAAAUAGGGUGAAUGUUUGAACACGGUUUGUUACAAAUUCAAUAACAGUCAGCUCAAAUAGAAUGAUGAUAACAUGUCAUCUGUGAGCAAAUUAAAGUAUACAAGAAACAAAAAUGAUAGAAACGAGACGUGUAUAAUUCAGCUGACAGUUGUAGAUCUUUGAGUUUCAUACUGUUAAAAUAGCGUCUGUUAGUUUGUGUCUGAGGUUUAUUUAAGUGCCAUUUUACAAUCUUUUGACAUUUUAAGACCAAAUUAUUUAUUUACUAACUCAAACAGUAAAUGAUUAUGAAGGCACUAUGUUUUGGUAAUUAAAUGAUUCCUCUUAAUGGCAUCAAAUUUAAGGGCUUUGACUGGAGAGGUUUGAGCAGUGUGUCACAUAAACUACUCAGAGACACUGCUCUGAUAUUCACUAUCAGCUCUUUCUCUCCUGGUCUCUGUCUGUCCUCUCAGCUCACUUUGUUUCCAGGACAACCACUCUCCAGGUGAACUUUGAGACGAAACAGACAAAAUGGAGUCGGGAAAACAAGGGGAUCAAUAUUUUAUGUUAAACAAUGACUUUACUCAAGCAGACAUUGAGGCAGUAUUCAUAUACUGAAACCUGAAUCCAAAUCCAAUUCAGUUGAUGGGUUGUUUUUUUACAGAUGUGUACUUUCUACUGCGAGUAAGCUUGAUGGCAUGUUAACAAGUACGCUUCACUUUUCAUUCAAUCCCUGCUUUGCCUAAAAAGCCCUUGUGUUUAAGGUAUUCAAUCAAUAUCUAUUCACACCAGUCUAUGUUUUGUUUCUGUCUCUGAGGAGGGAGCAGAAUGAGAUUCACAGCUGGCCUGAAGCAUAACUUUUGAUUCAACCAAACCACAACAUCAACUAGUUACUUUUGUCUUAGCAUUCUGUUUGUCAUCCGUUUGACUUCUCCUAAAAUUGUAGUGUUAUGCCCUCCUCUAACUGGAAGUAGAGGAAAAUGUUGUGUCAUACUAAUAUACGUAGUCAUCUUGCAACAUUUCUUUUAAAAAAAGUCCAGUCUGAUCACAGAAGUGACUUUUUCUUGGGUUUAUUUCAAAGAAAUUGAUACCAUAAAGCUUGCAAUAUUCUUUUCAACCAUACUUAAUUCUUCCCUCAUUAUAAAAAGACAACAGUAUAUUUCACUUUCAAGUUGUGUUAUUUAAGUUUGCUUCCUUUGGUUCUGUUCAGUUCCAUCACAGAGCUCUUACUCUAACCCGAGAUGAAGUCCAGACCGCGCUGUCUCACACUGACCUUGAGCAAAUGUGGCAGAGGGAUCUGAGACCACUGCUGGUUACCAGGUACCCAGGCUCUCCAGGCAGCCAGGCCGUGCAGGAGGUGAGCUUGAUUUAAUGGCUAGGUGAUUUUUAAAUACAGAAACACUAAUAGUAACAUACAUGUGACCUUCUUAAAACCAUGAAUGUUGUCAUUAUAGAAAACUGACAAAAUGUGGAACGUAUGGAGCAGGCUAAGUCCCUAGUUACUAUAUGAAAAUUAAAUGCUUUAACAGCAUCUGUCAUAAUGGUUUGAACUUUUCAGGAAGGUCUUCCAGGCUAUUGCUACCAUAUUUUUAAGAUCCUAACCAAACAUCUUUAAACAGUGAAUGAUUUUUGAAGCAACUUGUUACUUGUCAAAUCAGAGAGUUAUAGCCUAUAUUAUACUAACAGGUCAUCUUUGUGUGUGCUUACAGCAUAUAAAAACAACCCUCAGUUCCCUUGGAGCAGGCUGGGAAGUGACAGAGGAUAGAUUUAUGUCACAAACACCCUAUGGCCCUUUGCCUUUCACGAACAUAAUCGCCACCCUAAACCCUUCAGCCAAGCGCCAUCUUGUCCUGGCCUGUCACUACGACUCCAAGUAUUACCCUCCACAGUGGCAUGGAAGGGAGUUCCAAGGCGCCACUGACUCUGCUGUACCCUGUGCGAUGAUUCUGGAGAUAGCACAAGCCCUGAAUGAAGAACUAACAGCUCAGAAGGUAGUAACCCGGCAUGUGUCUUAUACCUCCAAAAUACAGUACUUAAAAGGGUGCAGACACAACCAGUUGGUCUGUCAAAGGUUUAAGUUUCUUUUCAGCAAUACUAAAGCCAAAAGCACAAGUACCUUGGGUUUAUCUCAAAUACAGUUAUACACAAGCCAGUUGAAGGUGUUAUUACUCACUGCGGUUGGCUAGUUGUGACCAUGAGUCACAAGUAAGUCAACCAGCAACAUCAUCGGCAGGAAGCUCUUAAAAGAGUAAUGCCAAUGAAAUUAAAUUUUUAAAAAAAACAGCAUUUAUCUUUCCUUUCCAUCAUGCCAUGACUCUGACACAUGGAUCAUUUGUUUCCUCUGUAAAGAGUGCUGUAAUCAAACUUCUGUGCAUCUUUAAGGAUAAAUGACUUCCAUGCGGACACUUUUGCAGAUGUUAACAUGGUUAAACAAAUAUGGGCCCUUAUCUGAGAGGUACGUUCUGAUUGAGGCAUCAGCUAAAAAUGAAAUUAGUUUGAAAUGUAGUAUUUUGCAUUCAAGAAAUGUGCAAAGUCACUGAAGGAAAUGAGUCUGAAAUAUAUUAGAUUUAAGAUUUUUUUCCCAGAAUGUUUUCUGUGAACAAAUGUUACUCAUAUUAGGCAACAACAACAACACCCUCUGUAUAAGUGAUAUAAUUAUUGGUACCUUUCCAUUGUAUUAUUACUCUUACAACUAAGUUUGAUUGCUCCAAAAGCCAAUCAGUCACGAGGAAAGUAUUCAUAAAGCUUGCUUCUCUGUCCUCUCCUAUUUUAUAGUUGAGCUCAGACACAUGUCUAGUGGGUGGACAGUGACAAUGCCUGUGACAAGGAGAGAUCAGCCAAGGGGCAUGUUUAUCAGACUCAGCUGGCUGUCAAAAAGGUCACCAUGGGAAUAGAUGACACAAAAGGAAUCCUUAUACAUCAGCUGCCUUCGCGACAAAACCAAUAUGAACACUGGUGUUGAUAAAUGCCAUAAGAGACAUUGUCAAGCCGUACAGACGAAUAGUUGAAGGAAAGUUUACAAGGCCUAGUACUGAGCUAAAUACUGUAUGUCCCACACAAUAGCUGAGAGAAUAAAUGGAUGUGUCAUUAAAGUGUUACUUCCACUAGGUGGCAGCAAAACUCUAGAAAUGCAAACUGCUGUUUCACAUGGUUGUAUUUUACUUCCUUUGAACAGAACUCCAGUACUGAUCUAACCCUACAGUUGAUCUUCUUCGAUGGGGAGGAGGCCCUCUUCCAGUGGUCCGCUACAGACUCCCUGUACGGCUCUCGUCACCUGGCUCAGAAGAUGGAGAGCACCCCUCAUCCCACUGGAGCCACAGACACCAACCAGCUACAUGGAAUAGUACAUCACAGUUUACUUACUCAUGUCUGACCAAACCACCUGUGAUUAACAUAAUCUUGUAAUUGAAGAGAUAAUAAUCUCUUUGAGAUCCCACAUCAUCUCCUAUACUCACAGACCGCACACAGACUGAAGUCUGGGGCAUCAUUGUUUUAAGUAAUGUGUUUUUUAAAUAGAUCUAAAAGCUCAUUUAAUCACCACAAAGUGUUGAGGUGCAUGGUUUGGUACAUUUUUCCUUAACCUAGCUGUACAUUUCUGUUUCGACACAUUCCUGUGUUAAAAAGUCAGAGAUAAGGUGGAAUGUAUCUUAAGAAAAUACAGUGUGUGUUCACACAAAUGCAGAGAUUGAGUGAAGCAGUGAUGUUACUGUGUUACACCACCACGCCUCACUGGGGUGUGAGUGAUCAUUAUGGGAAGGGUCAGGACUUAUCUUAAAGCUGUAGAGAGUUUCUCAUGAUAGCAUAACUCUUAUUCCUCCUUCUUUGUGUGUUUUUUUUCUCUUCAGGAUCUGUUUGUGUUGUUGGACCUGAUCGGGGCUCCUAGCCCUCGCUUUGGAAACCAGUUCCCCGCAACAGCACACUGGCUUACCAGACUACAGAACAUUGGUAAAUAAUCAUAUGUGUCGUUGAUAAAAUGAUGCAUGUCUGAUUACUUGAUAGCAGUCAGUUGUAUAAAACACGGGUUACUACAAGUCAUUGGAUUAUCAUUAUCAUUAUGGAGGCCAUUGUGUCACCUUUGCUCUUAAAACUGGACUGGGACGAAUAACUUUUCAUACCGCAUACCAUACUUCAGUUUUGGUGGGUGGUUGGUCUCAUGGAAGAUGGAAAGUGCAGAAGAAAAAGAGAGUAAUUUUACUCAAAAAAAUUAUACCAAUAGCUGUUUUUGCUGGAAAAAUUAAUGAGGGAUCACAUUUAUCACACAUAAGUGGGGCUUCUUGUCCUAGAAGAGAACUGUUGUUUCACCAGCAAGAGAGGUAAACAAGGGAGCAUGUUAGUCUAAUCUAUUUUAUCUGCCUUUUGUGUCUUUGUAGGAUUUUCACAAUGUAUAAUUCAAUGUUGUUUUGUUGUCACAUGCUUCUGUGCGCCAAUCAGGAUGUACUGUUUUUGAAUCAAAAUCAUGAUGACAUCUGUGGGGUUGUUUGUUUAUCUUGCCAGCAGUGACUAUACAUGUUUUUAGAUUACUCUCACAUGGUCCUGAUGAAGCAAAUCCGCUGAUUUAAAUCAGUUUUUCUCUCACCUUUUUCCUCAGAAAAGCGCUUACACUCUAUGAACCAGCUAGUUGAUCAUCCCAACAGUGUGGAAUAUUUCUGGCCUGAUCGUCCCAUUGCCCACAUACAAGAUGAUCAUGUACCAUUCCUUAACAGAGGUGAGCACAACUAACAAAUCACAGCAAAUAUCAUAAAAUUAACAGAGCUUCCCUGCCAGAUGAUCCUUAUUUUGUGCCUCUCCCUCAGGUGUACGUAUCCUCCAUCUAAUCCCCUAUCCCUUCCCAUCUGUGUGGCACACAUUUGAUGACAAUGAGCAGAACCUGGAUCGCUCCACCAUUCAGAAUCUCAACAAAAUCCUGCAGGUCUUUGUUCUGGAGUACCUCAAUGCCAGACCAAAUGUGGCUUCAAACACACAGACUGUCCCUUAAAAAAACAGCACCAAUUUACAUCUUUUUUUUUCUCUUUGAAUAUUUCUGCGUAAACAUUUCAUGCUGUUCUUUUACAGACUGAAAGAAGACUUUGUAAAAUGUUCUACCCUCAUCUUUAGUCAACUGCAAAAACAAAAGGAAAAACAGAGUAUACAUUGACAGAGUGCUGAUGGAGACAUAUUGAUGGCUCAAGCGUUUGUGAAUUUUUAAGAGACUUGGAUUCUCAGAAGCGUCACUCUCUUUCCUCUCCAGCAACAAAAACUAGACACAGGAUCUUCUUUGUAGCUUUAAACCACACUGCCCUCUUUAUAUCAGCCUUAACCCCUCAUUUACACUGCGAGGAUGCUAUAGUGGCAAUGCAAAUGUCCUAGAUUUGGUGCCUCAAAGAGAAGGAAAAUAGGUUGUCUUGAGGAAAAAUUUGCUGGUUAGAAAGCCUUAGAAACAUGCUAAUGGUCAACCACAAUCCUUAAACUUUCAUUUUGUUGAAUAAUUAUAUAACUUAUGUCUAUUUACGAGGUUGUACAAAAACGUUUUAUGCAGAGGAGCAACACACCGGAGUCUGUUUUCCCACUGUGUGUUUUACCUAAAGGGAAUGUGACAUUUCCUCUCCUGCCGCAAAUCUGUUCAGUGUUAAUAGAGCAAACUUGUCAGCAGCAGGAUGUGAGUUUAUUUGAGAACUAACUACACCUUUAGCCUUUCAUAUCCUGUCAUCUCACAGAAUGAAGUGGAUAACUUCCUGUGCUAAUGUUUCACGUGCCUGCCUUUGUUUGUAUGACAUUAUAAGCCAGUUAUUGAACGUAGAUCCCAGAAUAACAUACAGUGCCAAAAGUGGACUUCCUGUAUUUUACUGCUGAAAUAAAUUGUCAUGCAGAGUUUGCUUGUCUCUAAGUGUAUUUGUGUUGAUGUGGAUUUAGAGAUUGGUCUUGCUCUGAUGCUUUAAUUCUGGGAUUAUUGAAGUUGGUUUUUUGCACAAGGAAGUGUAAUGUUUUCUGUAGUUCUAUUUGAAGACGGUAUAAAUAAUCAGUGCCAGUCUCACAGUUUUGCAUAGGGCUUCUUCUCUUUGCCUGAAAUCUUGGACCCUCUUUUUCUCAACAGACCAAACACUCCUUUCAUCCCUCCACCUCACCUCGACAACAAUCCCAUGAUUCAUUUAAUCCUAUCAUUGAGGACCUCCCCUGAAUUCCUCACCACCCAAAAUCCCUUUCAAUCCAACCUGCUCCCACGAGAACUCUCCCCGUUCUGGCUCUCCCAUUAGCAGUAGUCAGAAAUGUUUGUGAUGCCUGGCAACACUACGCUAUACACCAAUAACCUAUGUAUCUUGGAGAUUCAAAGUAUCUAUGCUGACAAGCUAAUUGUCACUUAAAUCUGCAGGAUUUGUUUUGAUUUCAACAAAAUUUCAAAAAGGUUAAGACAUUUUUCUCUUUUGUCUCUUUUGUAUAUAUCACGCUCAUCAUGUCAGCUUGCUGUUAAUAUCUGAAAAGCUUAUUUUUGUCAUUUAAAAUACAAAAAAUGCCACUCCCCGCUAAAAUUACUUGACUAAGGUGGAAUAAAGAAAUAAUGUGUCUUUUGUCUGAUAGUAAAUUGAUGUGCACCCGGGUUUAAUAAUAGCUCAACUUUAAUCUGAAGCUGAUCAGCUGAUUACAGUGCUGUGCACCACAGCUCCCAGCCGUACAGUGAUGGAGUAAUUGGACUGGCAGGGAUUUUCCCACGCAAGGUGUGUUUCAUAUUGUUUGUAAGGUUGCGUAAUGUAUGUAUGUACUGAGUGUGUGUGUAUGUAUGUAUGUAUGUAUGUAUGUAUGUAUGUACUGAGUGUGUAUGUAUGUAUGUAUGUAUGUACUGAGUGUGUAUGUAUGUAUGCAUGUAUGUGCUGAGUGUGUGUAUGUAUGUAUGUAUGUAUGUAUGUAUGUACUGAGUGUGUAUGUAUGUAUGUAUGUAUGUAUGUAUGUGUGUGGAUGUACAUUUGUAGCCCAAAUAAACAUAUUUCUUCUAGUUUUUAUAAUGGUAAUUAAAAAAUGUAUAUUAAAAGUGUAUAUUGUAAUAUUAAAAAAUAUUGUAAAAUCAAACUUUUUUUUUGUUCAUUCUGAAACUAAAAUAAAAUAUACAUAGGGACAACUA